GCUUGGGGGGCUCCCAGGAAGGACUUGGGGGGCCCAAGGCCUUGCAAAAGUAGCCCUUGGAGACCUUUUUUUGGGAUGCAAGGAAAAACUGGGCUCCCUGCCUAUGAAAGUGGCUGCUUUCUCUGCUCCAAGCCGGUCUUCCUUUCGGACCCCAAAGCUCCCCCUGGCAUGAACAGCGCUGCCUCUGAGCUUUUGGGGAUCUCCGUUGAGCGCACCCCUCCAUCUUCGCCACGGGUCCAGAAACAACGCAGCCUCUCCGCCGUGGAGCCAUGCUCGGCCCCCGGAGGAGACUGGGAAGCCCCCGAAAUGGAGGACGUGGAGGAUGGCCCUCGAUUCCCGGAGGUUCACAUGCGCCGGUCAGGCACCCUCCGAAGUUCAGCGCACAUCUACGAUUCCUUCCGGAGGCACAGCUGGGAACCGGGGAAAGUCCUAGACGACGAUCCGGAUUUUGACCAGCGAAGCCUGAGUUUGAAAGGCCUGGCCCCGGAUGAGGUGGACUCCUCCAUGGAACAACUGGACAGGCAUCCCCAAGGCAGAAGGGACCCUCGCCGGACCCCCAUCAUCCGGAGCAAUGAUGAAUUGGAGUCCUUGCUCUCUCAGGACGAGGAGGAUGAGGAUCAGGAAUUGUCCCAGGAACAUGCAAAGAGGAUGCAAAUGUAUCGGCCGUCCCCAAACUCGGCCGGCAGCUCUCUGCCCAAAUCUGUUUCCAUGAGCGGCAUUGACAGCUAUCCAGACACAGAUGCAAUUUCCCUUUAUGCUGAUGGUGUCAGCCUGGCCAACGGCUUCAACCCUGGGAGCUACGGCUGUCUGGACACCAUCACGGCCGAGGAAGCCGAGGACCCUGCGGACCCCCAGAGGGACGGGGGGACCCCCUUGGGACGCACCCUCAGCUUCUUGAAAAAGAUGACCGGCAAGUCCAAGAACAAAGACAAAGAAAGGAUGAAGGAGGGCAAAGACAAAGAUGCCCGCUACACCAAUGGGCACCUCUUCAACUCCAUCACGGUCUCGGGCAUGACCAUGUGCUACGCCUGCAACAAGAGCAUCACGGCCAAGGAGGCGCUGAUUUGUCCCACCUGCAAUGUCACCAUUCACAACCGCUGCAAAGAUACUCUGCCCAACUGCACCAAAGUCAAGCAGAAGCAGCAAAAAGCCGCCUUGCUAAAGAACAGUUCGGCGCUGCAGACGGUAUCCCUGAGGAGCAAACCAGCCAACCGGGAGCGUCCCAAUUCGGCCAUCUACCCCUCGGAGAGCUUCCGCCAGACUUUGCUGGGCUCCCGCCGGGGCCGUCCCACCUUGUCCCUCUCCAAAAGCGUCUCCACCACAAACAUUGCUGGGAAUUUCAAUGAUGAAUCUCCACUGGGCCUUCGUAGGAUCCUGUCCCAAUCCACGGACUCCCUGAACAUGCGCAACCGCACUCUUUCUGUCGAGUCCCUCAUCGAUGAAGGAGCUGAAGUCAUCUAUAACCAGUUGAUGAGCGACUAUGAAACAGACGAGAAGGCGUUUGAGGCUGAUUCCUGGAGUCUGGCGGUCGACAAUAACUUCUUGCAACAACACAAGAAGGAGGUCAUGAAGCGCCAAGAUGUCAUCUAUGAGUUGAUCCAGACGGAGCUCCACCACGUCCAGACCCUGAAGAUCAUGACCAACCUCUUCCGCAAAGGCAUGCUGGAAGACCUCCAGAUGGACGCAGCCCAAGUCCAGAGUAUGUUUCCCAGCCUGGAUGAGCUCAGCGAGAUCCAUGACCGCUUCCUGGUCCAGCUCUUGGAACGCCGCAAGGAGUCCCUGGCCACCGACAGCAACAAGAACUUUGUCAUCAACCGGCUGGGAGACAUCCUGGUGCAACAGUUCUCAGGCUCCAGCGCUGAGCAAAUGAAGAAGGCUUACUCAGAGUUCUGCAGCCGCCACACGAAAGCCGUCAAGCUUUACAAAGAGCUGUUCGCUCGUGACAAACGGUUCCAGCAGUUCAUCCGCAGGCUGACCCGAUUAUCGGUGCUGCGGAGGCACGGCGUGCAAGAAUGCAUCCUCCUGGUCACCCAGCGCAUCACCAAAUACCCCGGGCUUAUUGACCGAAUCCUACAGAACUCCAAAGGGAAUGAAGCAGAUCAGCAGGAUUUGAGUACUGCCUUGACUUUAGUCAAGGAUCUGAUCAAGGACAUUGACCAAGAAGUCCACGAUUAUGAGAAGAAUGCACGGCUGCAGGAGAUUUAUGCCCGGGUGGAUGGGCGCACCAAGGCCCUCCUGCCCUGGGAACACGGCUCUUUCGGCAAGGACGAGAUGCUGCGGCGCAAGCUGGUGCAUGAUGGCUGCAUGCUCUGGAAGACGGCCACCGGGCGCUUCAAAGAUGUCCUGGUUCUCUUGAUGACGGACAUCCUCAUCUUCCUCCAGGAGAAGGACCAGAGGUAUACCUUCCCAACCCUGGACAAGCCGGCCAUCAUCUCUAUCCAAAACCUGAUUGUCCGAGACAUUGCCAACCAGGAGAAGGGCAUGUUUCUCAUCAGCAACACUCCGCCUGAGAUGUACGAGGUCCACACUGCUUCCCGCGAUGACCGUAACACUUGGAUGAGGCUCAUCCAGCAGACCGUCAAGCUUUGCCCUGACCGGGUGGAUUUCCCCCUCAUUGAGACGGAAAGCGAAGCCUCUCUGAGGAAACUGAAAGACAAGAUCCAGCAGCGCGACCGGGAAAUUGCGGAAUUGCUGGAGGAGAAAGUGGGCCUCUUUGCCGAUGUCUUGGCCCUUCAGAGCGGCGGCGAGGAUGGACCCUUGACCUGCGUCAACCCCCGGACCCUUUUCCGCACGGAGUCAUCAGACAUUCCCAACGGAGAGAAGCUGAUCCAGGAGGCUGUCAAAGAAGUGGAGUUUCUCAAAGACCUCUUCAUGGGACCCGCUUGGGACCGAGACCAAAACCACCUCCAUGCUCCGAACGGUUGCUCCAGCCCAAACCCCAACAACGCCACAAACGGGGAGACCGGAAAUGUAAACGGUUCUCUCGAAUUCCCCAGGGUUGAAUCGGAGUCAAACCAGCGGGAUGGCAAUGGCAACCAGUUGCACCAGAAAGUCCCACAGGAGGAGGUGCUGCAGCGGCUCAGGAGUCUCUAUUCUCUACUUCAUGGCUUGCAGGGAGUUGUGGCACACCAGGACACCCUCCUGGAGCUGCAGUUGCAAGAGGCGAGUGAACGGCGGGAGAGGCUGAGCCGGACCAACUCCCGCAAGGAUGGCUCUUCGUCUUCCUCCUCAUCCUCCUCCUCCUCUUCCUCGCUGGAGAGGCAAGCCUCGGACCUUUCGCUGCUCCAGAAACAGCACACUCUGCUGCAGGAGGAGCUGAGCCGCUGCCGGCAGCUCUGCCAAGAGAAGAGCCAAGAAGUGGCGGCGCUGGAGGCCCGGCUGCGGGAGAGCGAGCUGGAAAGGGCCCGGCAAGAGCGUGAGGCAGAAGAGGUGCGCCGGCAGCUGGCGGCCUUCCGGCAACCCUUGGAGGCCACCUGGGUCCGGAAGGGGGCAGAGUCUCGGAGACGCAGCUUGCCCGCUGGUGAUGCUCUCUACCAAAGCUUCACCCCACCUUCACAGAGCCGAGCGGGGGAUCUGCUUUCCCCCGGAUGCCACUCUCUGCACCGGACCUUUGCCAGUUGCCAGCGGGAUGAGGCGGCUUACCCCGGGAUGCCCAGCCGGCUACAGGAGGGCGACCAGGACCUGGAGGUGCUUUCGGAGGAAGAGGGUCCGGUCCCCUCGCAGUCUCCCCCUCCCAGCCCAAGAGAUUUCCAGAGGAUGCAGGACAUCCCAGAGGAGGUGGAGAGCGUCCCGGAACCCAGCGUUGGCGACCGCGGCUCCUCCGAGAGCUAGAUGGUGCAAACGGGGGGACAUCCCUGCUCUCUCUGAAACCUUCGGACGGUCCUCCAAUCCAAGCCAUGCCACCGUGGCGCUUCAGGGACCUGGAAAGAGCACCCCAAACUUGACUUUGGCAUGGGGUUCGGGUGGGUGGCGGGGAAGGGAAGGGGGAGACCAUGUCCUGAGAGUUGUCGGGGGGCAAUGCCAGGCCAAAGCCUCCCCCGGAGAGGGACCGCCGCUUGAUCUGUGGCCUUGAUCCUUCCUCAGUGACGGACGAUGGGUUCGGGUUCUCUUCUUUUUAUUUUUGGUGUUGUGACUGUCUCUGCCCCUUGCUCCCGGUUGCUUAUGGGGAAGCGAAUCCGGGGAUCUGCCGGAAUCGGGAUUGUGAUUCCCCCCCAAAUCCAUACGGUUUCACAUUAUUUAUUUUGGGAGCGGGAGGAAGCUGCUCCGUCGGGCGGCGUUUUAGAUUAAUUUUAUUAAUUUUAUUUUAAAAAUAUCUCAUAAGCGAUAAGGAGAUGCGUUCGUUUCUUUUGCAAGAGGGGGGUCUGGCGGCCCUAGAAGUCUUGGCCAACGCUUUCCCUGGGGCCUUUUCUUCGCUGAUUUUAACCCUGUGAAUUGGUUGUUCUCAUUGAGGUCCAUUUAAAAGUGAUUUUUCAACCCCUCAUUUUUGGAAAGGGAUGCAACUUGUAUCCCAAUGUGCUCAAAUUUUUUUACACAUGCGCCACAGGUUAAAUUUCUUGCGCAACAUGCUCCGCAGCCCCAGGAAUGGUCUUUCUAACCAGUAAAGUGCUAGUUUUGGGAAGGCUGUUUAGUGCCAUUGUGAAACUAGAAGGGGGUCAAAGACUAAUAGAGGAUCAAACAUCUGCUGUUUUAUGAUGCUGCCAAUGGCGCCCCCAAGUGGCCCCUGUUGAAAUUGCAGCCUUUUGAAAAUUGGAGGAGAACAUAAUAACUGCAUUAUUUUAGUUUCUUUGGAUGAAGGGGGGAAAUCGGAUUAAAAACGUGAAGGAGAGACCUUGAAGGCUUCGCCAAGAAUUUAGGCGUGCGCCAUUUGUACACAGAAAGAAAGCAAGAAAAUAUUUUGUUCCAUUAUUAUUAUUAUUACUAUUAAUAUUAUUAUUAUUACUAUUUUAAUUAGCCUAGUGACUUCCUUUCUGUACCAAAGCUGGAUUUAUUUUUAGAGGAUACCUGUCGUUUUUGGGGAGGGUUAGGGUUCAACUAUGUUUUGCUGCAGGGAUAUUAGACUGGGUUUGGGAGCAUGGAUAGAACAUUAAAAGGAAAGACUGUGCAAAUUGCAAGUGUACAAUGAUGCAGAUCGCAAGUGUGCAAUGCACCAUUUUGAUGGUCAUUGAAGGUUCAAGCAUUCACCUUAAAAGCGCAUUUCUGGCCAGGUGUGCAUAUAACAUGAAAAGAAAGGGUUGUGCAGAUGACAAGUGUGCAAUGUUCAAAUUGCAAGUGUACAGUGUGCCAUUUUGAUGGUCAUUGAAGGUUCAGCCGUUCACAUUGAAAGCGCAUUUCCAGCCAGGUGUGGAUAUAAUAUGAAAAGAAAGGGUUGUGCAGAUUGUGAGUGUGCAAUGCCACAAAUCUCAAGUGUGCAAUGCUCCAGAUGGAUGCAAACCGCAAAGGUACCGCUCUGCAAAUUGCAAACAUACCUUUCCUUCCUACAUUUUAUAAAAACGAUUGGAAAACCCCAAAAUCGUCACAAUACGACCCAAUUGCGGCGCUACCUGGCUGCAUCCUGUGGGACCCUGGGAUUUGUAGUUUGCUGGGGCUUUUAGAUUUCCCGGCUGAACUACAACUCCCAGGAUUCCCUAGGAAUAAUACAUCUGUGGAGGUUUAAAGAGAUGUAAAAGCUCCAUAACCAUAUAAUGUCAAAAUAAAGUGUUGAAAGGACGCCGACGGGGCAUUUAAUUUUUCUAGCUACAAGGGCCUUUUUGUUUCUGGUUUUUAAAUUAAUGCGCAAGACUGAUAUAUAUAUAAAUAUCUGAAGAGAACAAAAUGGUUUAUUGUUUUGGGUCAAUUCAACUUGUAAAAAGAAAAGGGGAGGGGAAAAGAAGCGAAUUAAAAGAGAUCAAAACCAA